CAGCGCGCUUUCCGUCUUUCGAGAGAGAACUCGAGCAACUUGCUUCUGGAUAACACAAGACAAACAAACACAUCGUCCGAAAACCGCCAAUGGCGAAAUAAAAGAAUACAAUGAGCGGCAGCGGCGGUGGAGGUGGUGCCGGCCGGGGUUCCGACAAGAACCACAAYAACGAAAAUGUGAACACCACCAAGCAGAACAGCAGCAAUCGCCCUCGCCCUCGCCAUCGCUAUAGUGAUGGUCAUAGCGACGGCCAUAGCGACGGCAGCAACAGCGACAGCGACAGCAACAGCAACAGCGGCAGCGGCACCGAUGGCUCCCGAGUCCGGGGAGAUCAGAGCGCUGGGCUUUCCCAUUUCGACAAUCCUGGUUCCGAUGGGAACAGAAACAGCAACAGCAGCUGCAACCAUUGUUUGUUGCCAACACUCCAGGAAGAAGGCGACGGAGAUUUCAGCAGCCGCAGCCUCGCCGCUGCCGCCAGCAGCACUGCCACCACCACCAGCAACAACACCCAGAAGAGGGGCGAGGGAGAGGAUCUCCCCCCGGGGACAAGGCCGGCAUCGUCGGCCGCACCACCGACCGGGAAACACGGUGUUCGACAAAAGCCCCCGGCAUCCCCUUCCCGAAUCGUCGCWAGGGCGAGCGGUACCCCCGGCAGAAACAGAGGACCGAGCCACGCCGGCUCGAACGCUCGCAGCGGACGGGGCAACACCAGCGGGAACGGCAACAACAACAGCAGCAGCAACAACAACAACAACAACAACAACGACGGUGAUUCUCCCGGACCAGCACUUUCUGGACUGACGGACAUUCUUCAGGAACGAUCCGACAUCAUUCGGGCAUCCCUGGCAUCUCGCUACAGCACCGCUACGGCGGGAUCUCGCUACAGCACCGCUACGGCGGGAUCUCGCUACAGCUCCGCCACGGCGGGAUCUCGCUACAGCUCCGGUACGGCGUCAACCUUGUCGACCGCCGCUUCGGGGAGGCCGUCGGUCCAGAGCGGCAGCCCCGGACCGGGAGCGGGCAACGGGCGGCGUGKCACCGGCCACGCAAACAUCCCGGCCGCGGCUGCCUCGGGGGGUGGCAAGGCCCUGUUUGCCUCCCAGACGCCGGAGGCGACGCCGARGASGAGGCCCGGCCGCCGCACCAAGUGGGGGCAGCAAAUCGCCGGCGCCAGGGGCCCGGCCUCCCAUCGCGACCGGUCGCAGCAGGCCGUGUAUUCCUCCAAAUCCCGGGAGGUCUACARCACCGCCAUGGCCAUGUCGCAGGCCGCACGGGUGUACCGCGGAUACAAGCACGGGGACCACGCGCUGGUGAUCCCCGGCGACGGCGACGGGUCGUCGUCCGUGUCGAACGCCUCCUCGUCGGUCAACCACGCCGGAUUGUCGGGCAACACGGAGCGCUUCGACGACAACGACAACGACGACGACGACGACCACCACCACGGGGGCUCGGACUCGGGCAGCUCCAACGCCGGUGGCGGGUCCGCCGGGGAGGCAUCGCGGCCGACGAAAGGGGAAGUCCCCGACGCCCGGUUUCUCCUGAACAAGCACGGAUACCCCAGCGGGGAGGGAAYCUACCCCUCGGAACGAAAGGGGCCCUACCUCUACGUCCUGUCCACCGUCCAGCAGGCCCACUACGAAGAAAACGAGGUCUUCUGGACCCUGCUGCGGCUGGACACCCGCACCGAGGUCCGCGGCGACGCUUCCUCGAUGCAGCCGAUCCCCACCCCGGAGGGCCUCCUGGCGGCCAGGCAGACGGCCGAGGCCUGCCUGCGGCAGCGGGAAGGCGCCGGCACCGACCGGGACCGGUCCCAGAGGUCGCGGCGGGAUUCCAGCGGGGGCCCCGAAACCGGAAAGGCCCUGGCGAUGGCUCUCGUGAACUGCCUGUGCAUCGCGUUUUGCUUCCCGGCCUUUUGCGUGUGGGAGUGCGUCUCCCUCGUGAAGGAAACCGCGACCUACAACGCCGUGAUCCGCCACGCCACCAUGUUUCUGAACGGGAUUUCGCCCUACAAGAUAAGCUUCCGGAUCACGACCGUCAACCUCAUCGUCUUGUGCUGUUUGUGGUAUUUGUUCAUCGACCAGAUCCGGCUGGCCUUCAUUCCGCACCRGUUCGACCAGACACUCGCGUACAUCAACCUUUCGGUGUGGCUCGUCAUGGUCUUGGAACUCGUCGUCGAGACCUUUGUCCGCCCGGAGGAAUGGCAGACCCUGAUCCGGUCCGAUCAGGCMUUUGCCCCCACCACGGCCCGGUACAUCAGCGGCGUCCACCUCUUUAUCGAAUCGGUCUCGCUCCUGGUCUUUGUCCCGGUCUUUCUGUGCCUCUUURACSCCUCCAAGACCUGCAGCGAUCGGUACUAUUUUUCGCUCUACGAGGCGACGGUCGUUGCGCUGUCGGGGCCGACGAUGUGGCAAGCCUUUUACGGCCGGAUCAUCUACGGGGCCCUCCGGCUCCGCGUCUUUGCCCUCGUGAGGCACUUUCGGAACUUUUGGAUCGAGAUCACCUUUGUCCGCAGGCGGCGGCUCCGAAACAUGAAAAAGAAACGCCGUCCCACCAGGUACAUCGGCGAUCGCCUGUACGGGAGCGGCACCUCUGUGGAGAGCAGCAGCAGCACCGAGGAGGACGAAGAGAAAGACGCGGUCCAUGCCGCCUCUGCUCGCAAGCGCAGUGCCAACGUUACGACGCGUGUGGUAGCCUAUGGAGGAGACGCGGCGGGAGUCUACGAUCUGGAGGAUCGAGAGUGGAUGGCCGCCAUUCAACAAGAACAAGAAGAGAGAGAACGCGAGAAAACCAAGGCAAAGGCAUCGCACAUCGGAACGGCACUCAUGACGGUGAAUUCCCACCGGAUCCUGUUUAUGCUUUGCUUUCUAACGGCGUUCUUCCCCAUUUUGUUUCUCGUGAAUCCCKUCGAGGUCAUAAACCCUYCCGGGAAGGACAUGGUCGAUUUUCUCCAGGAGAUCAAUUUGCAACAGGGGACUCUCGACGACUAYUUUGGAGGGAACUAUACCCUCGGCUGCGAAUACCUGUUUGACUCCGUUCAAGACUGGACAAAAGCCAUGAAUCCCCGGGGCAUGCGAUCCCGAAACGAUACCCGAGUUUUGAUCAACCUCUCGAUACGACCGGCACGGUGCGCGGAACAAUUCAAUAACACCAGGAUCUUCGACGUUGUGUUUCGCGUCGGCGAGGAUUGCCCGGCCUGGGCUUGGCCAGGCARCUCAUCGGAUACUUCCGAYGAUUCCGGAUGCAUCUACGGGAGUCUCUGGCAAAUCGGGACGGCUUACACCACRCUGGACCAGGUUGCGGACAAACUAGACGUGCGCACAGGAAGCAUCGUGACCUACAGAGAUACGCAGGGCAACAACACCUGGGGUGUUUCGGCAUCCUACGACGAGACCAACAUCGUCGAAARGGGCGCCACGUUUACUUUUAUACUAGAGCUUUUGCUCGUGUCGUCGAUUAUGUUCUACCUCCAGGUUUUGAGGAACGAUACGGUCAACCUGGUUCUGGGCUCGUUGCGAAGCAUGCUCAAAACCGUGGCGCGGUACGCAAAGAAUCCGUUGGCUCCCACCAAGAACGAACUUUUUGGCGGAACAAAAAGUUCCAAUGCGAGCGAUUCUGGAUCCAAUGUGUCCGGUGUUCAAGACGAAGACGAGGAUUUCAUGGGUACCUACGAGACCGAGCAGCUCGUCACGGCGGUUUCCAAGAUUACAGAUUUGCUGCGCAAGUGCUGGGGAGUGGCMGGUGCCGACAUUAUUUCWACCAAUCUAGCCUCGCGCAACGGAGAUUUCGAGGUCUUCAAUCCAACGGUGCGAGGAAAAAACGUCUUUGCUCUCUUUGCGUUUGCGAAAAUCAAAGACUUUGACCACGCCCUAAAAAACCUCGGUGGCGACGUCAUGAUCCUUAUCAAYGAUGUUGCUGUAGUGUUGCACGGAGAUGUGUAUCGCUGGGCUUUGGGAGACUCAGGACAGUGCAACAAAAAUCUUGGUGCGUCCUUUUUUGUGGUAUUCAAGAUUGGAUUUGUCAAGGAGGUGGUGGAGAAACUCGAGGAAGCGACCCGCGUUGUCUUCUCGACUGCCAACGGGAAAAAAGCUACCGUCAAGCGACGAUCCAAACCCCGCUCGUCGAGAACCAUCUCUACCCGCAGUGCGAGUGUCCAGGAUCGAUCGCGGGUGGCUCCGAAUUUUGUCGAGGGGUUGAAAACGCAACUCCACGGGGAGAAAGAUGUUGCUAUGAAGGCCAUGGCAGAAGCAAUGCAGUUGCCCCUCAAACAAAUCCCAGGAAUCUCGACGUUUGUCGACCGCGCCGUGAUUUCGAUGCUGAAAUCGUUUGCCGGCAUCCACAGAGAUACCCAAUUGCGGGCUUGGUCGCGGGACUAUCGCCUCAGUUCGGGAGAUGGCAAUUGGUCGGUAGAUAUGGUUUUUGGUAUGGAUGCUGGAUGGGCCGUCGAAGGUGCCGUGGGCAGUGAGUACAAGAUCGAUGCGACCUAUUUGUCUCCGCACGUCAACAUGGCGUCACGCAUGAUGAGUGCUUGCACACACUAUGGAGUGACUAUACUCGUCAGCGAGGCCGUUCAGGAGCUUCUGAGCGAGCCCGGUAAGAGGAAAAUGCGGAAUCUAGACCGUGUCACUGUGAAGGGAAGCUCCGAGAUACAAAAAAUAUAUACCUACGACGCUCGGUCGCAAGCAGCGGACUUUUUCUUGUAUAGCGUGUCCGACGAACAGGCCGACCACCAAGCAAUGAGUUACGAACCAAACAUUUGGAACGACGAUCCUGAUCUGAAGGCGAUGCGACACCACAUAACGGAGGACUUCGAACUCGAGUUCUCGGCGGGAAUGAAAUAUUAUUACGAUGGGGAUUGGCCUUCUGCCAUUGAAAAAMUCGAGAAAGCGAACGAAAUAAUGGUGRCAACAGCACUCGAGGAAGUCGAAGGUUCUUUUCAUGGCGACGUCAUCGAUGGAAAUGAGAACGAAGCGUCCGAUCAACCGUGUAAAUAUUUAAUAAACUUCAUGAAGUCAAGGGGGAGUAAAGCGCCAGAAGAUUGGGCCGGGUGGCAUCCUCUUUUGAGCAAAUAGAAGGCCAUUAUUCAUAGAGAAUAAUUUGAAUUUUUAACC